AUGGUAUCAGGUGCCUACUGGUAUCAGCUGAGGAAGACUCAUGGAAAUGUGUACAGUCUGUUCCUCGGCCCCAGACCAAUUGUUGUCAUCAGUGGGACGAAGGCCAUGAAGGAGGCCUUAGUGAGCAAGGCCAUUGAUUUCGCUGGACGACCGCAGGACCUGUAUGUCAAUGAAAUCACUCAGAGAAAAGACAAAACCCUGAGUCCUCAAAUUAUGUUUCAUAAUCUGGCCUCCAACAUCAUAAUCCAGGUUCUUUUUGGUAAACGCUAUGAAUACGACGAUGAGUUCAUCAAAGUGGUUGUUCAAUGCUUCACAGAAAAUUCCAGGAUAGCCAAUGGACCAUGGGCUAUGCUGUAUGACUCUUUUCCCAUGAUUCGGAACUUGGUUCUGCCCUUCACCAAGACCUUUAAAAAUGUUAAGAUUUGUCAGAAUCUUACAAUUCUUUUGGUGAUCGAGCACAAAAAGACCAGAGUUCCUGGAGAGCCACGAGACUUUGUUGACUGCUAUCUGGAUGAACUGGAUAAGCGUUGUCAGCAGGAGAUAGACCGGGUACUGGAUGGAAAGCGUCAGGCCAGUUUUGAUGACCGACAUAACAUGCCUUACAUGCAGGCUGUGAUCCAUGAAGUGCAGAGGAUAGCCAACACUGUCCCACUCAGCGUCUUUCACUCAACGACUAAAGACACAGAGCUCAUGGGAUAUUCCAUUCCCAAGGGUACAAUGAUCAUCCCUAACAUGACCUCAGUGCUGAAUGAGGAGGGGCAAUGGAAAUUUCCUCAUGAAUUCAACCCUGAAAACUUCCUCAAUGACCAGGGAAAGUUUGUUAAACCUGCAGCCUUUAUGCCUUUCUCUGCAGGUCCUCGUUUGUGUCUUGGAGAGGGUCUGGCUCGUAUGGAUCUCUUCCUCAUCAUGGUGACUCUGCUGAGGAAGUUUAAGUUUAUCUGGCCCAAGGAUGCAGGAGAGCCAGACGUAACUCCAAUCUUUGGGGCCACUCUAAGUCCCAAACCUUACUGCAUGAAGGUCCAACUCAGGGCAAUGCAGUAA